AUGGGAUUUGGGCUACCGACGUCGGGAAUAGUCAAAGGAACAGUCAAUCAAUUCAUUUGCUUCCACUCAUCGCAUAAUUCAAUCAUAAUGCUAUCCACAUUAUGUAUAGCAGUGGCAAUCACCGCAGUGCUUGCUGGUGUUCCCAAUCCAGAGGAGACCAAAAGGUUGAUGGAUCACUUAUCUGAUGCUGAACACUACAGGAAUGAACAUCACAAUAAACAAUUCGAUCAUGAUGCAUUUCUGGGAGAGGAUCAGGCUAAGACCUUUGACCAAUUACCGCCUGAAGAGAGUAAGAGGAGAUUAGGAAUAAUCGUUGACAAAAUUGAUACUGACAAAGAUGGAUUUGUGAGUUUAGUGGAAUUAAAAGACUGGAUACGCUAUACGCAGAAAAGGUACAUUGAUGAAGAUGUGGAAAGGCACUGGAAGCAGCAUAAUCCUGAAAAUGCCGAAUCGAUAAGUUGGGAGGAAUACAGAAAGAAUGUAUAUGGAUUUAUGGAUGAAAUGACUCCCAGUGAGCUGAAGUCGAACACAGAAGGUUUUGCCUACACCAACUUGAUGAAGAGAGACCGUAGGAGAUGGCAUUAUGCUGACGGAGACCAAGAUGAUGCUUUAAAUAGGACCGAGUUUGCAUCUUUCUUACAUCCAGAGGACCAUACAGGAAUGAGGGAUGUUGUCGUUCUUGAGACUUUAGAAGAUAUAGAUAAGGAUAAGGACGGAAAGGUUUCCCUCGAAGAAUACAUUGGUGAUAUGUACAAGGCUGAAGAAGGCGAGAGCAUGGAUGAUGAGCCUGAUUGGGUCAAACAAGAGCGAGAACAGUUCACCGGUUACAGAGACACUAACAAAGACGGUUAUAUGGACGAGGUGGAAGUAAAGGACUGGAUAGCCCCACCAGAAUUCGAUCAUGCGGAGGCAGAAGCGCGCCACUUAGUCUUCGAAGCGGAUGGUGACGCGGAUGAAAAGCUGACUAAAGACGAGAUUUUAGAUAAAUACGACUUAUUCGUCGGCUCCCAGGCCACUGACUUUGGAGAGGCACUCGCGAGACACGACGAGUUUUAG